AUGGCCUCUUGGGGAGAUGACCAGCCUGCUCAGGCGGCUCAGGGCCAGGGCUACGACGACGGUCGUGGUCGUCGAGGCUACGGUCAUGGCGGCGGCGGUUGGGGUGGCUAUCGCCACCGCGACGAUCGACGGAGGGGCGGUGGGGGUCAGUUUCCCCAGGCUGCUCACAAUCCGUAUGACGUUCGUCUGCCACAUUUUCUCCAGUCUAUCGCGGAAUGCGAAGAUGAUGCGAGAAAGACCUCGAUCAUUAUGGUCGACUCUCGCGACGAGAGGAUCGUUUCGCCGUUUCAGGCGUGGCUGGUCAAGGAGAUUAUGACAAACAGCUCUAGCUCUGUCAACGUUCUGACAGAGCGGGACCAGGUCAUGCCUCCCAACUCGGGCUACCACAUGUCGCUCUUCGCCAACUAUACGUUGGAUGGGAUCAAGGCCACGAUCGCGGUGUCGAUCGACUCCCAGACUGGUGCUCCGUGUGGCGGCUGGGAUGAUAUGACCGCUCGGGCCUUGAGUCACGUGGCUUUUCAGCCUUUCACCUGGCCGGUGCUCCGGGACACAUCGCCGUCGUACACCGACGUCAAGAUCUGCAACGGCAACGAGAUCCUUUUUCACUGGAUCUUCCGGGGCUAUCGUGCAGACACGGACCUUUCGGUCCAGCAGCAGUUCGCGGAUGAAUACUUCAUUCGAGGAUGGAGGGUCUCCCUGUUCUCGUUCGAGUGUGGUGGUCGGACCUACUCGAUCGGACCCAAUGGCACGGUGAUCGCCGGGGACAGCGCGCGCUCACGCGUUGAGCUCCGUGUGUCCGAUCGGUCCUCAGAGGAUGCCGUGGGACAUGAUGCUGACAGGGUGGAGUUUCGCUAUCGCGACUCCAACAACCGCAUCGAUCUCAAGUGCUCUCGCACAUCGGUGCCGGCGACAUGGCUCACAGUGUCGCACAUCAGUGGGCCGACUUUGAUUCAGACCAUCUCUCGAUGCCGUGAUCAAAGGGCACGAGUCGAAGGUCCGGAGCAGACGGAGCAGUUCGCCCAGCUUGCUGCAGCUCAUCAGGGCUGGUGGCAUGAUGCGGCGACGCUCGACCCUAGCCAGGUCGGGGUCCGGGUCACUUUCGUGGCUGGACUCGAUGCCGGGAACUUUCACGUGCAGACUGAGAGCAAGCUCUUCGUGAGGGAUCCCGAGGUCGUGGCUACAAAGGCGCUCGCCGAGAUGUCGCACGAUGGUGGUGCGAUCGCAGCAGUGCCUCGUCGGCCGCCGGCGCUCGCUCAAUCUGCAUGGUCGGCCGCGGCAGAGUCGGCGAAUGCGCUCGCUGACAUUCCCUCGGGCUCGGGGGAGUUAGCAGUUCGUCGUCGUGCUCAAGACGACCUCAACACCCGCACGUUCGCGGCGGCGGUCGAUCCGAUUAACUAUGAUCAGAACGACGAGGAAGACACUCGCGGGCAUAUUUCAGAUCCUGUCCGUGAUCAGGUUGACUGCUUUCGCUGCGGUCCUGUUAGCUUCUUGGCACAGAAGCAGCGCAGCUUUCGUGGGCUGCGAAGAUUGCUGCCAAUGUUGAAGGCCAUUUGCGGCCGCAUGCUCAUCGGCAAGACCCGCUGCACCAGGCUCCCACAUCACUGGCAGAAGACAGUGAGCACCAUGCACUUGUCCAAGAAAGUCGCUGUCGGAGCUGACAACGAGGCAGAGCGUAGAUGCGAGCAGGAGCUUCCAGUUAUCUACGACACGGGGUCCUUUGAGGUCGUUGCCGAGCAUGAGUUCGUGAGUGGAGAUGUGGUUACAGCAGAGGCCAGUGGAGACUCUCCCGUGGCGGCCUCCGAUAUGACCUUCUGGAUGGUGCAAAGCCACGAGUUGAAGUUCUGGAAGACCGGGCAUGCUAUCGGCUCAGAAAAGAUGAGGAAGAGAAUCCCUGAUGGCUUCAGCGGCGAUUCCAGCGAAGACAGGUCUCUCCUGGAGGAGAUGCGCCUGGACUCCUUCGCGCUUUGCUACCAGCGAGGUGGCACCGCGAGCCCGGGCUGGUUGAAGCUGGGGCCAUCCAUCAGCGCGAUGGCUCACGAUGCAGGCUUUCAGUCCGUGGAUGUUUCUGGAGACAGCCACUGGGCAACAAAGCUUUCACAGUUCAAGGUGGACCUGGAUGGCAUUGACACGACGAGUGGGGCUCUUAUCGAUUCUGGCACGUCGCUCUUGACUUUCCCACGCUCUGCAAGCCACAUUACGGAUGCCUUGAAGCAGAAGGUGAGAAAAGAUUGCAGCAACUUGGAUCAGCUGCCGACCUUGUAUUUCGAGCUGGACGGAGCAGAGGUGGUUCUCCCACCCCGGGCAUACAUUUUCAAGGUUCUGGAUAACAAUGGCAAUCCAUAUUGCAGAGGGGCGUUCAUGAAGGUGGAUAAGGAGUCACAAUUUGGGGAGGUCUUCAUUUUGGGCAUGCCGUUCUUACGCUAUUAUUUCACGGUUUUCGACCGGCAGAACAAGCAGGUGCACAUCGCGAGAUCGACCGAAGACUGUCAGGUUGCCCAUCACAUGUCCUUAUUAGCAACAAAUGCGAGCGCUUCGGGGCGUUCCGGCCGACAUGGCUUCGGGUCUGCCGAUUUCCAGGAGGCGACUCCUGCAGACCUGGACGAUGUGAUUUCGCCAUCCUGGGUCAGCGCUGCAGCUCUCUCCAAUGACAAGCUGAACAAAAUCGACAACAAGUGGGUCGAGGUCAAGCGAUGCAUGCCACAGGAGGUGAUGCGAGCCCGAGAAAGCGGCAAGAAGGACGAUUUCGAGCCCGAACGUCCGAGUGGACCUUAUCAUGGACCACCUCCAGGCGGGCCGCCAGGUGGACCACCUCCAGGCUAUGGCUACCCUCCUCCGCCAUGCUAUGGAGGUUAUCCAGGAUAUCCGCCACCUGGCUACGGUGGCUACCCCUACGGCUACUAUCCGCCUCCUCCGCCUGACUAUUACGCGGCUUAUGGUUACCCACCUCCACAUGCGUACGGACCGUAUGGCGGAUAUCCGCCAGCAGCGCCAACAAGGCAGGAGCCGCAGAAGGCUGCGAAGGCUGGAGAUUCCCAUACCGAUACCCAUUGCACCCCGAGCCAGCUUAACAACUUGCUUCUCUCUCGGGCUAUCGCUGCUGGAAUGCACGCUUGGCAUGCCGUCUACGCAGUCUGCUUGGCUUGGGCGCUGGUUGGCGCAGAGCCCAAGAUAUCCGUGGUCACAGCAUUGCUGCCCCCAAGAGGAGUUCCCGGUGAUGCGGCCCGUGCAGACGGUGAACCUGGAACGCGCGGGGCGCGCCUGCGAGUGGAGGCUUCCGGCGGCUGCUUCCGUUGGAUCUCCCAAAGGCCGGACCUGGUGGCUUUGGAGGAGCCGCUGCCGGAGGAGUUGCCGCCCCGGCGAGCUGCCGAGGCCGAGGCAGAGGCCGCCUGCCAGGAGGCAUGCUUGCACGUGGGACGCCAGUUCCUUGUGCAAGAGGAUCCAGGCGCAGCUGGUGAUGGCUGUCAGCCAGUCGCAAUCAUUCGCAGCCUCGCGGAAAGCGUCGAUAACGUCGAGAAGGUCCUGGUUUUAGCCCAGGAUAUUCAUUCGUCCGGGGUUGAACUCCGAUGUGAAGUUUACAUCGCCAACAUCCACAGAAUCGAGGUUGAAACUUCUGUGCGCCGAAUAAAUGUGGAUGAUGUGGAGACGCUCGGUGUCAAGGCCUACGACAAGCAGGGCAAUGUUUUUUCGUCGCUGGAGGGUUUGCAGUUCAGGUGGCGCAUCGGAGACGAAAGCAUAUUGCAGAGACCGAAGCUCGUCGACUCGGCCUUCAAGCUGAGCCCGGUUCGCCGUGCGUUGGCAGAGGCUGGGGCCGAUCCUGACACGGUCCUCCUCCGUGGUGUUGCAACCGGGAGGACGACGGUCGGCGCCAACUUGACUGUUGCUGGCAUGCAGCACGUUGUCUCGCCCGAUGUGCCUUUGACGGUGCUGGAAAACAUCGUACUGCUGCCAUCGCUGAUGCGGGCACCGCCCAUGGCACAUCUGCAGCUUCAACUUAAGGUCCUUCGCGGUCCACGCCGCCCUCUGGAGGAGUUCCCAUCAGUGGCGCUACCAGUGCCACAUUUCAGCUGGCACGCGCAGGCAGUGGAAGGUGGCCCGGACGUCCUGUUCGUGCAGCCGCAGAUGGGCCUUGUAGUGACUCAGCAUCUUGGCUCCGGGCGAGUUUUGGCUGUGGACUCACGAAUUGAGAACAACACUGCGGCAUCGAUAGUUCAUGUUGCAAACCCUGCAGUGCUUCGCUUCACCACGCUGCCACUAUGGCGAGGGCCUGGUGUUCCCUUCGAUGCUCAUGCACCAGGAUGGCUGGGGACGCUGGAAAGUGGCUGGGAAGAUGCAGAGCUGCAGGUGCUACGCUUCGACACAGCAGGAGUCUCCUCAGCAGAGCCGAAGCUUCAGCUCGUGCAGGGUAGGACGUAUGCUCUGAAACUGGAGCUGAUGGACGACCUUUCGCAGCCGAUGCAGAUUCCGCUGAACCUUCGGGCAGAAGUUCGCUGUGUGGCCGAGCCCGACAUGCCGCCGGUACUGCAGCUCUUACAUCAGGCUUCCAAUUCUGCGGUCAUCAUCUUCCGUGCAGUGGAGCCGGGUGAGGGCGUCAUUACCAUCGACGGCUUGACUCUCCAGGCCGACAGCGAAGACCAGGCCCGCGGCCUGAAGACGCUUCCGUUGAAGCUCACGGCGAAGCAGGUUUUCCACGUGGCGCCUGAGCUGCGACCACUAGUGCCUGUUCCCGGACCAAUGCUUCUUCCGAGGUGGCAUUCCUACUUGCUGAAGGUCGCAGGUGGAAGCGGCCAGCAGGCAUUUGCUCUGACCCAACUGAAUCCAGCCGGUGUGGCCAGCGUUUCUGCCGAAGGACGCGUGCAGGUAUUUGGCCGCUUGGGCAGUGCAGAACUCCUGGUUUACGACACAAGGAACCCAGAAAACAACUUCACUCUGCCGGUCUUGAUAAGACGUGCCGGCCACCUUCGACUCUUGCCCCGCUAUCUGCAGAUUCGUUUGUCUUCAGAUCACCCAACGGAAGAGGUCGUUCGGGUGCAAGCGCGGCCUGAGGAAGGUGGCGACGAUGCUGAGCUGUGCCGGCUGCUUCGAAAUUUGUCCUUCUGGAACUGCACGGCGCUCUUCCCGUCGGACCAGCUGGUGCCCGAAGUCUCCAACAACACCGUUGCUUCUGUACUCGCAGCCUCUUCAGGCGAGUUUGCGACAUGCGCCGUCCUUCAUGUGAGGCCUCUCGCAGCAGGACGAUUUCAGCUCAUCGCGAAAGCUCAGGAGGUUGAUGUGCCUGCGCUUCCAUCAGCAUCGCUUCCCUUCGAGGUCUACAAGCCCUUGAAGUGGCAAUUGCUUGGAGUUCCGAGCCCAGCCGACGUACUUGCGGCGGCUCAGACCAAUCAAUCGGCAGCAUUGGUCGUGGCACCCUGUUCCUCCGUCAGACUCUGCAUCUCCGAUGGUCCCCUUGGCCUAACGGUUCAAGGACGGGAGACGUGGAAUUUGACAGCUGGAGCCCACAUAACUGUGCAGCGCCUGAGCCAUCGUUGCUUUGAGGUGGCGUGUUUACAGGUUACGCCAGGGCCUGUGCGGUUGGUUGGUGAAGUCUCGCACUCUCCUGCGGAUCCAGCACAUGGGCACACUUUUGUGGACCGAUUGGACUUGUGGCUCCGCUGCUCGGUGCCAGCCAGGGUGCAGGCUACAGCCGAGCUGCAUGCAGACGAUCUUCCGGACGACAAGGACCGAGGAGAGGCACUUGGAGUACAGCGCGGGAGGGAGACAGCUUUCAGGGCGAAGUUUACUGACGGCUUCGGAAGGACCAUCCUGAACGCCUCCGAAUAUUGGCUCCGCUGGUCACUGGUGCCCACCGGAAGCAAGGACGGAGUUCCAUUUCAGAAGGCAUGGCUAUCCACCGGCAAGGAGCUGUCCUUGGCCUCCCUCGCUGUGCCACGCGAUGCCACGGUGGGUGCGACGGCACGGUUGAAGCUGGAGGUGUCGCUGCCUCCAUCGAGCCUUUGUGCGUCGGCGGCCACGCUUGCCGCGCUGCCUUUGCCCAGCGGUGACGACCUUGGCCUGGUGGUGGCCCGGAAGCUAGAACUUCGAUGGCCCGGCCAUCCGGAGAAGCCGCGCUUCGCGAUCUUCAAGAACCUGACCAUCGUUCUGGAAGCCGGGUUCGGAACUGGACGGGCUCGCCUGGAAGUCUCUGGGCAGGAGAUCUUGGAGGUCAUCGAAGCUCGGCAGAUCUGUGGUGAUGUGCCCGAUGGGCAUCCGUGCGUUCCAGCACUGUGGAUCGGCUCGCCCUGCAACGUCACCAAAGCUGCCGUCCAACGAUGGUUUUUGAAGCCGUUCGCACAAGGCACGGCUUCCCUGCGACUCUGGGACCCCGACCUCUUGGGAGCCCGGCCUCAGCGCCUGGAGAUCGCGAUUCGCGCAGCCAAGCAGCUCGAUGUGGGACUCCUCGGGGAGGAUGCAUCUGACGGGACAGUCCUGGUCGUGCGUGGGGUGCUCCGGCAGCUGCGAGUGGACAUCCGCGAUGCAGAGGGCGAGGCUCUUGGAAUGGUCAAUUGGGCCGCGCUGAAUCUGAAGCUGAGGAGCAGUGACCCAGGAGCCUUCGAGGUCCGGGAGAGCACCACGGCCGCGAGAUGCGGACACUACGAGUGCAUCUGCCACACUCCCGGCAUCUAUCGCCUCUCAGCCGAGAUGCAGGAUUAUCCAAGUGGCACCAUCUACUCGCGAGUCUUGCACGUGCACUGCCUCCCAGAGUUCGAUGUCGUCUUGAAAAACAUUGUCGUGAUGCCGGGGCAGGCUUUCGAGCUCGCCUUCACUGGAGGCCCUCCUCGGAGCGACGACCGGACCUUUUUCCGCUUCACGUCGAGCGCCCCGGACGUUGCCAGCAUCGACGAAGGCGUCGGCCUGGUAAUCGCUCUGAGCCCUGGCUCGGCGGAUCUCUCGGUGCAGCUUUUAGAGCGAGAGACGCGUCGCGAGAUUGCACGGGCAGGAGCCCAUGUGACUGUGGGCAUCCCGUGGAACGCUUCGAUUGGCGCUUUGGAUACCUUAGCAGGACAGGCUGAGGCGGCAUCGGACGAGGGACUGGUCUUGCGGUGGGGCGGGCCCGAGCCGUUAAGGCUUCGGGUGCGACUAUGGUCAGGAGAGCUGGAGCUGACGCCGCUAUUGCUUGGGAUGGCCAGCGCUCAGGCAUCUCCCUCCUUCAGCGCCGAGAGCAGCCGGAAAGUGUACAAGACGGCACUUGACAUGGGCCAUCCUGUGGUGGAGGCCGUGGAGGCUGCUGCCGUGGUGGCACAGCGCACGGCCGUGGACGAAGGCCUGAGCCUCGCCCCGGACACCGCCGGCGCUGGGGCCGCGUUUGGUGUUCGCUGCCGCUUCCGUUGGAGCUCGGACAGCUCCGUGGUGCUGGAGCCCGUCGGCUUUGGGGCGCUGGCCGUUGACGUCCGCACGGCACCAGCUUCUGUGACUUUGGCCGGAAAGGAGGUGGAGGUGGCGGUGCAGAUUGACUGCCCUCUGGGUUCAGGAUACGAGCAGCUGCACCUGCAAGCGAAGCGCCUGGUUCCUGUGGUGCAGCCGUUGCAGCUCUUGACUCCUGUCACAGGUGUGUGUGCCGCUGCCGUGGAUGCUUCUUCCCUGCUGGUGCCUUCGCAUGCACGGCUUCCUUUGGCAUUCAACCUCCCACGGUCCCAUCUCCAGGUGGACGUCGUCGGGCGGACUAUCCAGUUGCUGGAAACGGGAGACGUAAUUGAGCUUGAGACCGGAUCGGAACUGGGAGACUCGAGCCUUCGAGUGCAGGCCGUUGACUCGCAGCUCGUUCCCGCAAUGCAAAUCUCAGUCUUCGUGCGCAAGGCGUUUGCAGCGAGAAUCGACUCUGUCCCGUCCAGGCUGCCGCUUGGAUCCAGUGCCUUGUGCCCGCUUUAUCUCGUCGAUGCUAAUGGGCAGACUAUGGCGCUUCCAAGCAACUUCCAGGUGGACGUCUUCUCCAGUCAUGCAGCAUUGAUGGCAGAGGUUCAUCGCUCUUCGAGAGGGACAUCUUUGUACCUGCGACCACUGAGCGAGGGAUGCGCACUCCUCAGCGCGGCGGUCCGGAUGCCGGACGGGAGGCGGUUGCCUUCGGACGUGGCGGAAAUCUGUGUGGUUCGAGGGGUGCUGGUUGGCCAAGGGCAGCUUCUACUACAGCCUGGCUCACGGCUGAACUUAGAUCCAGAAGAGCUCUUCUCAGGCAAAGCGAGCGCCGGUCGACCGCCUUUGGCUUUCUCUCUGCGACUUGCCCAGCUCGGAUCCAGGUCCCUUGAGGAGACUGCUGAGAGCCUCGCAGCCGAGGUUGCGGCGGUCUUGACAGGCGGCCUUUCGAGCCCUGGCCAUGGAGCGCUGCAGGUUCGCAUGGUCCGUGCGCGAUGGUCCGUGAAGCAGGAACAAGGAGAACUACUACUUGGAGCAGAAGUCGAUCUGCAGGUCUCUGCUCGUGAACUUGCUGAGGUGGCCGGACGCAGCGCAGAGCUUGGCUUGAGGGACCUUGCAGAGGUUCUGUGGACCUACCAGGACGUUCAACCGAACGAGUCGCCGGGCUCCCAGACUUUGUCGGCCCACGCAGUUGCAUCAGCUGAAGUCCUGCCAGGUGUGAGUCCCAAGCAAAGCAAUGCCAAUGCGACGGAAGUCACAGGAAUCAGAGGAGCCAGCAAGCUCAUCGCGUUGCGGUCAAGUCGCACUGCCGUGGCUGUUGCGGAGAGGUCCACGCCGGAUGCGACAGCAGGGUGGCACUCUCUUCAGCCGCGCAUUGUCAAAGUAGAGGGACCCAGAGUCACGGCGCUGGCGCUCGAGCCAGGAGUUGCGACGCUGCGAUACUGCGACGGCAUUGUCACGGCCGACAUCCAGGUCACAGUUGCCCAUGCUAGGCAGCUCAUGGUGCGCGCUGCUCCGGAGGGCGGGCCAUCGCCAGCAUUGGUUGCAAGGAAGAUUUUCUCAAAUGAGGCGAACUCAGCGCCGAUGCAAGCCAAGUUCCGUGCGUUUCGCGAGGGUGGUUCGGAAGCGGAAGAGUUCUUGUCCGACCCAUUCCUUUUGCAGAACUUCCACCUCCAGUGCAACCCCACCGAGGCAGCAAUGCUGGAGUUCUUCAACUUCAAGGCCAGUGGGGAUGCCUGCGUGCUGACAGCAAGGGAGCCUUCUGUGACAGCCUUGCAGAGGCUGUCUCCAAGUCGCCUCGGCCUUGAAGCCUCUCUACCCGGUAGUAUUGGCGGAGGUAUUGUUCUCGAGUGGCCCUUCGCACCGCAGUUCCGGAUCAUCCAGGAGAGCCAACUGCUCGCAAGCGGAGAGGUGUGUGCGACUUUGAGAACUUCCCAGCCAGAAGCCACAGUCGUCGUGUGGACCGGAGGCCAUUCGAUUCAGGCAGACCUGGCCCAGAUCCAUAGCUCGCUGGGAAACGUCUCUGUGAAGGUCCGUCCAUCUCACAAGGGGCCAUUCGUAGACUUGCGUCUCAUGUGGCACGCUGCCGUCGAGUCAGGAGUCUCCGAGGAGGUUCAGCUUCUGGUCUGGUCCCCCGCGACGAGUCAGGCAAGCAACUGUCGAGUUCGGGUGGAGCCGACGAAGGUUCAGUGUACUCAGCACGACGGCAGGUCGGGCUUCGAGCUAUGUUUGCUGGCUCUGGCGGUGGCAGCGAUGGUUUGGUUUCUGGCGAGGUCUUGCUCCAGGCCACCCCCUGCAGAUGGAAGUCCAGGCUCUGGACUUGGAGCAGCCUUUCAGGGCGUUGGAGCCGGGCCGGUCUUCAGUGGUGAUCCCUUUGGUGGCCCUCGUGCGGUCUCCCCGUUUCAAGCAUUAGGCCGUGAGCUCAGCUCCGGGCACUGCGCAGCGUCUCGCCAGAACCCUGGGACCUGCAGGCUGAGACGAGACCGUGCUCUGAGCCAACCGUCGGCAGAGAACAAAAUGGACUGA